GCAACAAGCAAAGUAAAAGAAGAAAGAGCUUCACUUUCAGGAAGUGGUCUUUAGCGAUGACAUAAACGGUGCUUUGUCACACUUAAUCAUGAUGGAGUUUUCUCGUCGGGCAUCCGGCCAUUUCCCCCUGGUGGUGGUGGAGCUGUCAGCUGACACCACGGAAGAAACUGCUGCAUGGUUAGUGGGCAGGAUGAGAGAAAACCAGAAGGACGGAGGUUCUGAGUUGCUGGUGGAACGACUGAGCUAUGGAGUUGGGCCUCAAGGAAGUGAGAAGCCCAACAUUUUUCUUGUGGGCGCCUCCUGGAAGAGGCUCCUCAUUGGUGCUGAAGAUUUGGGUCUCUUCAAGGAGUUCAAUGAUGGAUCCAUGAGAGGCUUCACAAAUGUCAACAGACACAACUUCAAAGACUUCCAUGGGGAUGGAGAUGGCUUCCUUAGCAUGGCCGAGUGUCAAUACAUCAUUAAACAUGAGUUGGAGAAUUUACGAGCUAAAAAUGAGAGCCAUGUUCCAGGAUACGAACAAGCCAAGCUGUACCCAGGGAAAUCUAUCGUUCGUAGACUUCAAUCCAAAAAAAUCCUGAUCCAAAUAUUUCCACUUCACGACAAAGAGGAACUGAAGAGACUUUCUUUUAACUGGUACAAAAAGAUCAAAACAUCUCUUCAGCCUCUUGAUGACAUCAGACACUACUUUGGGGAGGGUCAGGCUCUGUACUUUGCCUUCCUGGAGUACUUUACAUUGGCGCUGGUGCCUAUGGCCCUCAUUGGCAUGAUCUAUUAUCUGUUUGGCUGGGACGGUUACGGCAAAUAUGUUUUCUUUGCUGUUUUCAACCUGAUCUGGUGCACUGUUAUUCUGGAGCUAUGGAAGCGCUACAGUGCCUCUCUAGCCUAUGGCUGGGGCACACUAAGCAGAAAGAAGGUGUUUGAAGAACCCCGGCCUGGUUUUCAUGGUAUUCUUGGAUUCAACCCCGUUACAGGACGUGAAGAGCCUCUCUACCCCAACUAUAAGCGCCAGCUCCGUGUCUACCUUGUGUCCCUACCCUUUGUUCUUCUGUCGCUCUACGUGUCCCUCUUCGUCAUGAUGAUCUAUUUUCAGAUGGAAGGAUGGGCUUUAAUGGUCCAUGAUCGGGACCAAAGCUUGUGGACUGGAAUUCUGACCUUCAUUCCCAGUGUAGUCUAUGCUGUGGUUAUAAAUAUUAUGAAUGUCCUCUAUAGAUAUGCUGCCGAGUUCCUCACAGACUGGGAAAAUCACAGGCUGGAGUCCUCAUAUCAGAAUCACUUGGUCCUCAAAGUACUAGUUUUCAACUUCCUGAACUGUUUUUCCUCCUUGUUUUACAUCGCCUUCGUAAUGCAAGACAUGGUGCUGCUCAGACAGAGUUUGGCAACCUUGUUGAUCACCAGUCAAAUCCUAAAUCAGUUCCUGGAGGCGUUCCUGCCCUACUGGCUUCAGAGGAGACGCAAUAAGAGGAUGAUGUGCAAAGUUAAGAAGAGUAGAAUUGUGGAAGGCAAGGAACUUCUUUUGAAUGAGCAGGUCGAACUGGAAGCUGAGAUGAACACGUACUGGGGUACUUUUGAUGACUACCUGGAGUUGUUCGAGCUCUUUGGUUACGUCAGCUUGUUCUCAUGUGUUUAUCCUCUGGCUGCUGUUCUUGUGGUUUUAAAUAACAUCACAGAGAUGUACUCUGAUGCCUUUAAAAUGUGCAAGGUGUUCAAACGGCCCUUCUCUGACCCGGCUGCAAACAUCGGAAUCUGGCAGCUUGCUUUUGAAGCCAUGAGUGUCAUCGCUAUCGUGACCAACUGUGCACUUAUUGGCUUGUCUCCUCAAGUUAAAGCUUUCUUCCCAGACUCAGACAUGCGCCUCAUACUGUGGACCGUGGCUCUGGAGCAUGGACUGCUGGCCUUCAAGUUCAUCCUGACUUUCCUCAUUCCAGAUGUUCCCAAACACAUUCAAGUCAAACUGGAUUGUCUGGACUUUGCAUCAGUGGAAGCCCUCAAGAAAAAAAAAAUGCUUCAAGUUAGUUGAGUUCCCAAAGAGAGAAAGUGAAGAGCUGAAAAAUCUGCCAAAGAAAACAAAGACUUCAAACGUAUCGCAUCUUCAAGUGUGUAUUAAUUAUCAAAAGUAAACCUUCUGUUUGUUGUUAACAUGGAAGGAGGUCAAAAAGUGUACAAGAUUGACCCAGACAACACAAGUGCCACCAUCAUGACCAGAUUUAAUGUACUGUAGCGUGGUAGGCCCAAGUAGUCAUUAAAAACAAGGCAGGUGUAUAUUUAGUAGCAGGAGGAACAAUGUUCUUUUAUUAGCGACAGGAAGGGAAUUUCAAAGUGCAACAUUCUGCUUUUCUCUUGAGUUUGUCAACAUCUCUUCUAUGCAUGAACAUGAUUCAAAGAGUCUUUGUUUCCAUCUUGUGUAGAGCUAUUUAAAAAGCAUAAUGUGGAAUAAAUGAACAUAAAUCAAA